AUGGCUGAAGAUCAUCAGGAUAUACCAGUGGCUUCUGUAGAACCAGGAGAUUCCCCAAGGAUUGUCUAUGUAAAGACCGUUAAAGACAGAAACAUACAGUUGGUUGUAUUCAGCUUUGGACUUCUCUGCUUUCUGCAAGUCGCUCUCAACAUUUCACUGCUUCAGACUUUCUGCUUCAACAGGACUGAUCAGAAAAUUCAGCUUGGAUUGAUUUUUUGCUUCUACGAUGCUGAGAGUGGACAUAAUGGUUUGAAUCUUACAGCGUUAACAGAUACAACUAAAGAACAGAUUGCAGAUGUUUGUCCAAGUGUGUAUUACAUCUCCACAAGCAGGAAAUCCUGGCAUGAAAGCAGAAAAGAUUGUCUGGAAAGAGGUGCAGACCUGCUGAUUAUCAACAGCCAAGAAGAGCAGAAAUUCAUGAUCCAGUUUAAAAGGCCAUUUUGGAUUGGUCUGAUCUAUGCUGCGAGAGAAAAGGAAUGGAAAUGGAUUGAUGGGACUCUGCUGAACACAAG